AUGAUGCCCUUCCUUGGCCCGUACGUGUUCGAUGUGGAUGCUGUGGAUUCCAACCCCUGCGCAUGGCAUGGCCGCGGCGGCCUCACGGACGGAGACAAUCCUAUCAGGACCCCAGACCUCAGCACCAUAACAGAGAACCGAACGGACCUGGGUGUCGAACGCUUGAAGCCGAACGGCAGGAGCCCACACCCUGUUCUCAUCCAACCGAUUACUAAGACCGAACAUAGCCCGUCGCCCUGCUUCCAAAAGUUCGUUGACACAACUCGCAAACGGGGACGCAGGGCCCCAAUAGAGACCCAAAUGCCCUUCCUUGGCCCGUACGUGUUCGAUGUGGAUGCUGUGGAUUCCAACCCCUGCGCAUGGCAUGGCCGCGGCGGCCUCACGGACGGAGACAAUCCUAUCAGGACCCCAGACCUCAGCACCAUAACAGAGAACCGAACGGACCUGGGUGUCGAACGCUUGAAGCCGAACGGCAGGAGCCCACACCCUGUUCUCAUCCAACCGAUUACUAAGACCGAACAUAGCCCGUCGCCCUGCUUCCAAAAGUUCGUUGACACAACUCGCAAACGGGGACGCAGGGCCCCAAUAGAGACCCAAAUGCCCUUCCUUGGCCCGUACGUGUUCGAUGUGGAUGCUGUGGAUUCCAACCCCUGCGCAUGGCAUGGCCGCGGCGGCCUCACGGUUGGCUAG